UAUUUUUGUGAAAAGUUAAAAAAAAAUGGAGCCUUUAACUAGUGAAAUAUUUCAUGCCGAAGCAGAUUUUGAUAAAUGUAAAUCUGAUAAACCCUCGCAAUGUGGAAUAUGCGGCGAAAACCAUUCUGUGAAAGAGUGUCGUAUUUUAAAACUAAUAAAUCAUAUCCCCGAUAAAACUAUUCCGUCCAAAGCAAGACUGACCCUUCCCGACUCUUUGGAGAUUAAAAAGUUAUGUGACGGCACUCACAAUGUUUACACUCGGUGUUUAAUUAAGAGAGGAACACAAUUUGGCCCAUUUCAGGCAAAAAAACUUUUUACGUUACAUCCAGCCAUUGACUUUCCUCUAAAAAUAUUCACAAACGCCGCUGAGGAUUUCUCGGAGUAUUUCUUAGACACUAGUGAUGAAAACGAAUGCAGUUGGAUGAUAUUUAUUAGUCCUGCUAGUGAUAUGGAGGAACAGAAUGUGAUUUGUUAUCAGGAUGGUGAAGAUUUAUAUUAUGGUACAAUAAAAGAUAUUUAUCCUGGAGAACCAUUAAAGGUAUGGUAUUCCUCACAUUAUGCAGCAAAAAUGAAGAAGGUUUUAUUAAAUAACACGGGAAAUGAAGAUAAUAAUGUAGAAAAACAGAGUAACGAUCUUGAGGCCAUUCUUAGAAAGAAGAAGAAUAUAACACCAAGAGAGUCCUGGAGUUGCAAAUUUUGCGGCAAAGUUGAAAAAGAAUUAUCAGUAUUUGCUGUUCAUUUGCUCGAUCAUUACAGAGCCCAAGCUAAUAAAGUUUGUGCAAUAUGUAAAGGUUCAUUUCAAACUCGCAGGAUGUUAAAAAAGCAUUUGAAAACAGUACACGGAAAUAAUCUGAAACAAACCGCAGAAACGAUUAAAGAGUCAGAAAUAUCAAAUAUAAAAAUCAAUGAACAUGAUUCAAAGGAUACAUCCGUGGGAGGUCCAUUAUUGUUAAAUAAUAUUUCUGCCGACAGUUUAGACAACUCUAGCUUACUUUUAUCCCAAAGUGACCUAUUAAAAGUGGAUUUAAAUGGCAUCGAAAACCAGAACAUAAUGAUGGAGACUGAAAAUUUGAAUUUAAACGUAGAUAACAUAAUAAAUGACAAUGUGAAGCAGUUGGACCAUUUCAAUUUUGAAUUAAAAGAACUCGAGUCAGAACAAUUAAUCUGCGAUAUAUGCUUGAAGAGCUUCGUGAAGUUAAAAUCGCUGAUACAGCAUCUGGAACAGCAUACAGGGAAGUUUUUGUGCCAUCAAUGCAAUAUGGUAUUCGCACGCAAAGAAAAUUUGAUGUACCACACUUGCAAUGUGUUCUACAAGAUAAAGUGUCCAUUGUGUGAUAAAAUCUUCGUUCAACGGAAAUUUCUAACUCAACACAUAAAGGGUUUCCAUGAUAAACAGUUCACAUGCAGAUUGUGCAACAAGUUUUAUGACUGCAAACAAGCUUUACAAAUGCAUACUUGCGCCAAAGUGCCCGUUCACAAAAAAGAAAAAUUCCCUUGCAAUGUAUGCUCGAAAAUAUUCUUCAAUAAAAAAAACUUGUAUGAACACCUAGCAAGGCACAGAAAAAGCAAAGAAAACGAGAAAAUUGUGUGUGAGGUGUGCAAUGUGACGUUAACCUCAAGGAAGAGUUAUUUGAAGCAUGUUAAAAUGCACGACGGGUCUUUUCAUUCUUGUGAUAUAUGCAAGAAGGUGUUCGUUAGAAGUGAUGGUCUGAGGGAGCACAAAAUCCAGGUGCAUAGUGCUGGGAACCAGGUGGAAACCUGCGAGAUCUGCAAGAAAACAAUGAAAUCGAAGAAGCUGUUAAAGACGCACAUGGAGACCCACAGCGCCAAUAAACUUCAUAAGUGCGAGAUCUGCCAAGCCUCCUUCAAGCAGCGUUACAACUUAACGAAGCACAAAAAAAUGCACCAGUCCCUGAAGAGCAGAUUAGAAUCUUUGUUCAGGGAAGACGCGCUGAUAUAUUCCUGUCCAAAGUGCGAUAAGAACAUGAAGCUAAAAAGUUCCCUGGUGAGACACAUGAGGAGCCUCCACGCGGACUGUGAGAUUUCCUCCGACAUUAUAAAACCGAAGCUAGGAAAGCUAACGGCAAGAAAACCCGACGGCAGCAUGACAGGAGAGGACGACGUCAUGGACUUGAAGGAGACUAUAGAGAAUAUGAACUACAACACCGAUGAAGUCAAUAACUGUACAGAAAUUAAUAUUGAAAUCGACAAGAUUCUAAAUAACACGGACAACAUUGAUAACUUCUUAAGUGAUAGCAACGAUCGAAUCGUCGAGAAUUUGAUAAGUAUCGCGGCUAAAGAAAACGAGUUAGGCACGAUGGGUAGUGAAUACGCGCCCAAGGAGGUGUGUUUGUCUAUGCCCGAUUUAACUGCCGAUCAGGAAAUCAAAUUGGGUGAAAACGCGUAUAUUUUAGACAACGGUACCAUUGUAGAACCCCAAGAAAGCUCUUCCAAAGUAGUUGUAUAUAUUUUAGAUCAAGAUAAAUUUACGUAG